AUCCAAAUGGACCAAUGUAUUACAAUGGAGUCUACCAUCUCUUCUAUCAGUACAAUCCCAAAGGUGCUGUUUGGGGCAACAUUGUGUGGGCCCAUUCGGUAUCAACGGACUUGAUUAACUGGAAACCAUUAGAGCCCGCAAUCUACCCUUCAAAAGUGUUUGAUAAAUACGGGUGCUGGUCCGGGUCGGCCACAAUCCUCCCGGGUAACAAGCCCAUCAUUCUCUACACUGGAAUAAUAGAUGCAGACAACACACAAGUCCAAAACUAUGCAGUACCAGCCAACCUCUCGGAUCCAUACCUCCGAAAAUGGGUCAAGCCCGACAACAACCCGUUGAUAACUGCAGAUGCGGGCGAGAAUAAAACCGCGUUCCGUGACCCGACAACUGCUUGGUUGGGCCAAGAUGGGCAGUGGAGAAUUUUGGUUGGUGGUAAGAGAGACCGUAUGGGGAUUGCACAUUUGUACAAGAGUAGAGAUUUCAUGAAAUGGACAGAGGCCAAGCACCCUUUACAUGCCAAGGAGAAAACGGGUAUGUGGGAAUGCCCGGAUUUCUACCCGGUUUCGCUCCAUGGUACAAAUGGAUUAGACACUUCAGUGAUGGGACAAGGCAUUAAGCAUGUCCUAAAGGUUAGCCUUGACCUUACAAGAUAUGAAUAUUACACAUUAGGGUCAUAUAACCCGAAAAAGGAUAAGUAUGUCCCGGAUAACACAUCGGUUGAUGGUUGGAAAGGAUUGAGAUAUGAUUAUGGGAAUUUUUAUGCUUCAAAGACAUUUUUUGAUCAUGCUAAGAACAGAAGGAUUUUGUGGGGUUGGGCUAAUGAAUCAGACACCACUAAAGAUGAUGUCGAAAAGGGUUGGGCUGGAAUUCAGCUUAUUCCAAGAACAAUUAGGAUUGAUCCUAAUGGAAAACAGUUGUUGCAAUGGCCAAUCCAAGAGUUAGAAACUCUAAGAGGACAGAAAGUCCAGCUGAGGAAUCAAAAGCUCAAAAAGGGUGAUCAUGUUGAAGUUAAAGGGAUAAAAGCUGCACAGGCUGAUGUUGAAGUAACCUUCUCAUUCCCAAGCUUGGACAAAGCAGAGCCAUUUGACCCUAGCUGGAAUGACAUUGAUGCUCAAGAUGUCUGUAGCAAAAAGGGUUCAACUGUUCAAGGUGGACUUGGGCCUUUUGGGCUGUUAACACUGGCUUCAGCAAACUUACAGGAAUACACUCCUGUAUUCUUUAGAGUUUUUAAGGCACAGAACAAGCAUAAAGUUCUCAUGUGCUCUGAUGCAACCAGCUCAUCCUUGGCUAAGGGAUUGUACAAACCAUCAUUUGCAGGCUUUGUGGAUGUAGAUUUAGCUGAUAAGAAGCUUUCUCUCAGGAGUUUGAUUGAUCAUUCUGUAGUGGAAAGCUUUGGCGCCGGAGGAAAAACAGUGAUAUCAUCUCGGGUUUAUCCUACGCUGGCAGUGUUGGACAAGGCUCAUCUGUAUGUAUUCAACAAUGGCACUGAGACUGUCACGGUUGAAACAUUGGAUGCCUGGAGCAUGAACAAGCCUCUUGAGAUGAACUAAAGAUGGAGAGAGAAACAAAGAAAUCUUUAGGGUUUCUUUUAUAUUUGUAUUUUAAAAAUAAUUUCUUGUACAAAUUUGUGUUUAUGUAUCCAAUGGAUUCAAGAUAUGGAAUUUAAAUAAUGGUAUCUAUGGAUGAUAUCAGCUUU